AUGUUAUCUGUUUAUAUGUUUCAGUUGGUCUUAGUAUUAGGCGACCUUCACAUUCCUCACAGGUGUAACAGCUUACCUGGGCGUUUCAAAAAGCUGCUGGUGCCAGGUAAAAUACAACACAUCUUAUGUACGGGCAACUUGUGCACCAAGGAAUCAUUUGACUAUCUGAAGACGUUAGCCAGUGAUGUGCAUGUCGUACGAGGGGAUUUUGAUGAGAAUUUAAACUACCCCGAGCAGAAGGUAGUGACAGUAGGUCAGUUUCGUAUUGGCCUCUGCCACGGUCACCAGAUUGUGCCCUGGGGGGACACAGAGAGUUUAGCCAUGACUCAACGACAGCUGGAUGUGGAUAUCUUAAUAUCUGGACACACCCACAAAUUUGAAGCCUUUGAACAUGAGGGGAAGUUCUACAUCAAUCCUGGCUCAGCCACAGGAGCAUACAAUGCCCUGGACAGCAGUGUUGUUCCAUCAUUUGUCAUCUUGGAUAUCCAACAGUCAACGGUUGUAGCCUAUGUGUACAAGCUGAUCCAGGACGACGUCAAAGUGGAAAGAAUAGAAUACAAGAAGGCGUAGAAAAGACGUUUUAUGUUGUGGCCAUGCUUGUGCAGAUCAUCCCAAUGGACAUUGAUGUUUUCACUCAGAAAGUUCCACUUAUAUACAUGAAUAAUUAUGAAUAUGAUGUUUUUUUUUUUAUUUUCUUUUUUUUUUUGAUUGUAGAAGGACUCCUACUCAUUUACUAACUGUAUCCGUGUUUAAAGGAAAGACUGCCUAAACUUGUAUGUUUAUAUACUACAAUGUAUAUCUGAAGAAGUCAUUCACUUUUAUUUUAAUUUUUUAUGUUUACUGAAUUCAAUCCUUGCAAAUGUAUAAAACCUGAAGGACUUGAUGUACCACAGUUUGUUGACAAGGGGAAGCAAUUUGACCUAUAUUCACCUACUGAUGGAAUCAUGAUCAAGUUUAUCUGUGUGAUGUACAGUCUGGCCUACAAUUGGUAUACAGGGCUAUAAUGGAAGGAAACAGGAUGUGAGGUCAUCAUAUUGGAUGUUAGUGGGAUUAUUCAUGAAGCCCAAUGAGUAAUCCCAAGGCUUCAUGCUGGUGGUGAAAUAAAAAGGCAUGGCUGUUGCUGGGCAUUCUGAUGAUGGCUGCAUCAAUUUUGAAUGCUUUUUACGUGUAAUAAGGUUAUUUCUAUACUCUUAUAAAGUUAUAUGUAAGGUUGAAUAGCAUACACUUGAUUAGUGCUUUCAUUGCUUUUGUUUCUGUGUUCACAACCUUUAUGGUGAUGCCAGCAAAUAACCAGUUUUGAUUUAGAGAUGUUCAUGUAGCCAGCAGAAUAGCCUCCACCUACAUGUAGGUAACCAGUGUGAUACAUGGUGGCUUUUACUGAAAUAAGGCAACUUUUCCUGCGUAAUGACGAUUCGGGUCCAGGCCAGACUGUCCAUUGUCUUCCGUAAUACUGGAGUACUAUGUUACCAGUUAGCUGACCAGAUGUCAUCGCAAAAGGCAGAAAGGAGCAACAGACUACACAGUUUAGGCCCGAGUCACUUUAUGUGGGAAAAUUUUCUCUGUUGUUUCACGGAAUACAUGUAUGUUUGGAACUAAAAGGGGUACAGAAUCCUUUCUGAUUGGCUGGUGUUAGAGAUAGGCAAGUCCAGGCUAUACCUAACCUAGACUGUCAGCCAGUUAGCAUCGAUUGUUUAUCCCUUCAAUACUAAUUCAGAUAUUGCUACAUUAUAUGGAGUAGAUAAAACACUACAGCAUAUUGUACAGUCACACAUUGCAGUCUGAAAUUUUUUUUUUUUUUUUUUUUUAAAGUUAAAUGUUAUAAUUAAAUGAGCAUAUGUACAUUAAAUGUCAGUUAGCUUGUGACCACUGCAUGGAGCAUGUUUAAUGUAGUCCAUUUUCAUUAAAUUAAUUUUGUCAUCUUAAUACAAGGAGCUAUCUUACACAUGUUUGUAUAUAUAUAUAUAUUAUAAGUGUACAGCCUGUAAUGGAAUAAUGUCACCAUGGAAAUGUGUUAUAUAGAUAUGUGGUUGUGGGCUGUUUCACUGUAGUUGUGAAGUCAUGUGCAUGUGUGUGGUACUAUUGUGAAUGUUGAUGUACAACAAUAUACAAUAUACAGUGUGCCUAACAGUCUUCGCAUUCGCUUUGUAAUGCUAGGAUCUGAGGGUCGUUUAUCUGGUCUGAAGGUCAGUUAUCUGGUCUGGUCUGAAGGUCAGUUACCUGUUCUGAAGGUCAGUUAUCUGUUCUCAAGGUCAACCCAUCUAAAAUUUCAUAUGUGAUAUAUAUGCAUGUUUAGGGGUUAAAUAAAUACCUAAUAUCUGCUCUGUUUAGACGCGUCUGUAAGAAGUCAGUUUUUCAAGACAAUGAAUGAACCUUCCUGUUUAAGUUUUCAGUUUUGUUGCAUUGGUUCCUCAGGACAUGAA